CUGCUUACCCCUCUCCCUGCCCGUAGCCGACAUGUUCAACCAGCAGCAGCAGCUCCAGCAGCUCCAGCAGCAGCAGCAGCAGUUGCUUCAGCUCCAGCAACUUCUCCAGCAGUCCCCACCUCAGGCCUCCAUGCCUAUGCCCAUGGCCCUCAGCAGGCUCCCCACGCAGCAGGCACCACAACAGCUUCUGAAUCUCCAGAGCACCAACUCGGCCUCCCUCCUCAGCAGCCCUGUGCUACAGAGAGCUUUGCUUUUACAGCAAUUGCAAGGACUGGACCAGUUUGCAAUGCCACCAGCCACGUAUGACAGUGCCAGCCUCACCAUGCCCACGGCAACACUGGGUAACCUCCGCAGCUACAACUUGGUAACCCCAAACCUGACAGCCCCCAGCCUUACACCCCCUCAGCUGGUCCCCUCAAAUCUACAGCAGUAUUUUCCCCAAGCCACUCGCCAAUCCCUGCUGGGCCCGCCUCCUGUUGGGGUCCCUAUGAACUCUCCCCAGCUCAGCCUCUCAGGGCGAACCCCGCAGAAACAGGCCCGCACAUCUUUUGUCACCCCCAGUCGCAAGGAUUCUUCUUCUCAGACGAUGCCCGCGGACGACAAGGCAGGCCCCCCCGCGGGGUCUGGGGAAGUGGACGAGCCCGGCACUGACACACCUGAAGGUCACAGGUCCCCCUGCUGCCCCGAGGAUGUCACUCAGGAGAAACGCAUCCCAACACCGGAGCCCGAGCCUUGUGAGACCUCAGAGCCACCAGCCAAAAGGCUAAAAAGGGCAGAAGAGCCUGCAGUGAAGGGGCAGCCACAGGCCAAGGUCCAGCCGCAGGCCCGGGGGAGCGUCUCGAAGCUGACACAGACACCUGAGGUGCUUCCUGAGCCUCCGGAAGCCUGCCCGCCACCUGGGCUCUCCCCACGGGUUCUGCAGACGCAGCCACAGAUGCAGCCAACGUGUGCCGAGGUGCAGCCCAAGCUGCAGAAGCAGGCACAAACACAGACCUCACCAGAGCACUCAGUGCCCCCGCAGAAGCAGGUGUCACCGCAGCCGCAGGCGGAGGCUGAGCCACCAGAGCAAGUGCAGCUCCAGGUGCGGCCACAGGCACCUUCCCAGCCUCCAAGGCAGGCGCAGCCACCACUGCAGAAGCAGGCCCAAACCCAGACAUGUCCACAGCUGCGGACACAAGCACAGCCAAGGGCCCCGCCCCUUGAGCAGGUGCGGCUGCAGGUCGCAGUGCCAGCACCAGAGCAAGCACCGGCUCCAGCUCAGACCGUGGUGCUGGACACACCGCCGGAUGCAGCGGAAGCUGGAGGAGGCCCCGGGGAGGCCGCGGCAGGGCCAGUGGACAGCCAGCUCCGUGUGGAGGAGAGCCAAGAGCACUCGCCCAGCCGCCCAGAUGCAGGAGAGAGUGAGAAGCGAGCUGGAGAGAUGCUCAGGAUGUGGGGUGCCGGGGGCUCCCUGAAGGUCACCAUCCUGCAGAGCAGUGACAGCCGGGCCUUUAGCACUGCCCCCCUGACUCCCGGGCCCCGUCCCAGUGACUCCACCCCCGCUGCUGCCAGCACGCCUUCCCAACAGGGCCUACAGUUCUUCUGCUACAUCUGUAAGGCCAGCUGCCCCAGCCAGCAGGAGUUCCAGGAGCACAUGGCAGGCGCCCAGCACCAGCAGCGACUUGGGGAGAUCCAGCACAUGAGUCAGGCCUGCCUCCUGUCCCUGCUGCCCGUGCCCCGGGACGUCCUGGAGAGAGAGCAGGAAGAGCCUCCCCCCAGGCGCUGGUGCAACACCUGCCAGGUCUACUACAUGGGGGACCUGAUCCAACACCGCAGGACACAGGACCACAAGAUCGCCAAGCAUUCCCUGCGACCCUUCUGCACGGCCUGCAGCCGCUACUUCAAAACCCCCCGCAAGUUUGUGGAGCACAUGAAGUCCCAGGGGCACAAGGAGAAAACCAAGGAGCUGAAGAUGCUGGAGAAAGAGUUAGCUGGCCAAGAUGAGGAUCACUUCAUCACGGUGGAUGCUGUGGGCUGCUUUGAGGGGGACGAAGAGGAGGAGGAGGAAGAGGAAGAGGAGGAGGAAGAGGAAGAAGAAAUCGAGGUUGAGGAAGCGUUCUGCAAACAGGUGAGGCCCAGGGAUCUAGCUGGUGAGCAGUGGAAGGACUCUGAGACCCACCCACCCAACACCAUGUAUGGCAUGGACUUCCUUGUGCCCGUGAUGGGGUACGUCUGCCACGUGUGCCGCAAGUUCUACCAGGGUAAUUCUGGAGCCCAGCAGUCCCACUGCAGGUCCUUGGCCCACUUCGAGAACCUGCAGAAACACAAGGCGGCCAAGAACCCCAGCCCCACCACCAGGCCCGUGAGCCGCCGGUGCGCCAUCAACGCCCGAAAUGCCCUGACGGCCCUCUUCACCUCAGGAGGCCGCCUGCCCAGCCAUCCCAGCACCCAGGACACAGCCAAAACCCCCAGCAAGGUGACAGCCAGACCCCCUGAGCCCCAACUACCCCGGCGCUCCACCCGCCUGAAAACCUGAUAAAGGGUAUCAGUGCCCGGCCAGUGCUUCUGGGGCCAGGCCUGCUAAUGCGUCACAGCAGCGUGUCGGGAAACGGACGGGGUUAGUGUUUUUACUUGAAAUCCAAUAAAAUGUAGUUUUGGCCGCACCACAGGCCUCCCCAGCA